AUGUUCAAAAUGCUUAUGUCCUAUCUGCUUGCUGCUAGUUUCACUGCAGUCAUUGCUAGUGCCACCCCUCUAACUCGAUCCAUUGGCCCUGGAUGCCGCUCUUUUCCCACGAACGGCGUUGACACUUUGUUGGAUUUCACCCUGGUCGCUCAGUACGACAGCGACACCAGCAUUCACAAGCAGCUGGUGCUCGGUGCAGAUGGUUCAGACCCUGCACCCAACAUUACCUUUGUCGGAUCUAUCGAUUCUAUUCCGACUCCUCUUGGACAGAACUUCACAAUGGCCCAUUCUGGUGUUACCGGCCAAGCAGUCGGUGGCAACCUCGUCCCCAAGAUAUCGGCCAACGUCACUAGUGGCGAUUUUCUCCCCUUCAUAUCGCAAUACGAUGGAGCGCCUACUGACCCGGCUGAAGUGUACUGUGAAUUAGUCAGCACAUCCCCGAAUGGCAGUCCCUAUCCGGACCCACUCCUCUCUGUAGACAAUGAUGCGGACAACUUCUUCAUUUGCAAUAGCACAUCAAGUAGUCAACAAAACAUUGUCUAUGAUCCUGUUCAGGCUUCUGCUACAACCUAUGAUUUUGAUAGCUGCGAGCGGGUGCAUAUACUCAUCAUACAAUAG